AUGUUAUCGGACAUUCAGGUCUUCGUGAGAUGGAAAGAACAGACAAUAUUUGCCGGAGAGGAUGUUGAAUGCACAAUCACCUUCAAGAAUGUAACAGAGGAAGAGGCCGGGAAUGAGGUUGUUGGAACAACAAAGCAUUACCGGGGCGGAUCUCGACCCAUAAACACCGUCACAGAUGGGACAAACUACUCUCCAGCAAAGUCUCUCAACCCAUUCUCCUUUAAUAAUCCGCAGCGUCGACCACAGUCCUCGGGGUAUCGACCUCGACAGCCGCUUCAUAGGAGUUCCGCCUCUGUCGGCUCCUCUCCCAUCCUUAGCCAAAGUUUCCCGCCAACCACAGCGUCACGUACCAAUGGGACUACCAAUCCGCGUGGCCAUUCUCACAAACGAUCUGUUUCGAUAAUAUCACUGGAGACGGAUAUUUCUCAUGAUCGCAAACCGCUUUCAUCUCCGCAGAGUCCGAGGCCUACUGGUCGACAUACACGGUCUGCAAGUUUUCAGGCACCUCCGAGGAGAUAUGACCUUUACAAAGAUGACUCUCAACCCGUAUCUCCCCGGACUCCAAUGUCGAGAUUCUCCCCUAUCACCUCACAGUCCAACCUAGCCCUUCCAAACAUCAAGGACGGAUCGGACUCAUCCCGCUACGCGGCCAAUAACUCUCCUACAGCUAGAAAAGGCCCGAUUCGGAGACCACCCCACAAGAGGAGUCCUUUCCAUGGAGACUUCAAGUUUCCCCAAGCACCGCCUUCUCCUGAGAGUAAGACAAAUCAACUACCGCAGCCAUACACAGAAGGCCAGCCCGCAGAAACUACUACAAAAUCUACCAUACCCGAACAUAUCAAUACAACCGUGGCAAAUGGAAAGUUAGCAGUUGACCAGCCUCGCUGUCUUACGCCAGCAACAAAGCUAUCUGCCGUAUCCGCAAUUGAAGGCAGCACUCGAAGUAGCACUGAGUUUUAUUCCCUCAGCAAUAAUUCCACAGAAACUCUUGAUUCUGACUAUAAACUGGUUUCCAUGAAUAGAGGUGCUCCACGGCAUCGAAGGCACCAGUCUAGCCUUGAGCCAAGCAGGAAUGGUCGAGCUGCUGAUUCACAGACACUUCUUAUGGGCUACGCACAGAUUAAUGCUUCAUUCACGGUUGAUGGGUCACUACUAGAUCAAUCUAUCUUCGAAGAAGUGAAGCGUAAAGGUGUUGUUGGCCAUCAUGGUAACAGCGAACGGUCACCGAGACAGUCUAAGAAUAGAAGUGGGUUCUGGGGGAACAUAGGGCUAACCAGCCUCGGAAACUCCCUUGCGAGCUUAACAUCUACUGGCGAACUUGAUGGACUAAGGGAAAUGCGAGGCGCCUCAUCGUCUCACUCUAUACCUUUACUAUCAACGCCGCAAUCACUGCUUUUCGUGGACCUUCGUUUAGCACCUGGUCAGGAAAAGGCUUUUUCUUUCUCUUUUACUCUACCCCGCGGCCUACCUUCAAGCCACAAGGGCAAGGCCAUAAAGAUUUCGUAUAAUUUGGUUAUUGGAACACAAAAAGCUACAGCAAUAAAGGGGAACCAGCGGCUACACAAAAUAAAUGUACCAUUCCGUGUACUUAGUGGUGUGGAUGGACACGACCUCAUGCAACCUUACGUGGUGCUACGAGAUGAAGCACGAGUGCAGAGCAUUGACUCUGCGGCUCACCGACCACCGACAAAAGAGACGAGCAUUAGCGCAAAAGCAUGGACGUCAGCACCUCAGUUUCUAUCGUAUGUCGAUGAGAUUCUCAAGCAGCGAGACCGCCCAGACUCUUUGAUGUCUCCGGUGACCCCUGGCCCACCACAUCUUCAUCACGACGCGCCCUUUUCCUGCAAAGAUGCCAUCGACUUGGCCAUACUUCGCAGCAAUCAGUCAACCGCAUCAGACCAAAGUGCAAACCGCUUCGAAAUAUCACGCAGCGGUCGACGAGUCGCGGUUAUCGUGCUCAAUCGGCCAUCCCACCGGAUAGGAGAAACAAUCGUGGCAACUGCCGACUUUACAAACGCAGCCAUACACUGCCAUUCUCUCCGUAGCUCACUCGAGACUCAUGAGAAAAUUAAUCCGGAAAUUGCACUUCGUUCUCCUGCAAGCAUCAUUCGCGCUACACGAAAAGUUCACGCUAUGUGUUUUGAAAACACACUCUUCGCAUCCAGAGUAGCGUUUACGCCGGCCAUCCCAGUCUCUGCCACGCCUACUCUGAUUACCUCUGGUGUGAGCGUUGAAUGGCAGCUUCGAUUCGAGUUUGUAACGAGCAGCGUAUCCGAUGCUACAGAGAACGUGAGAGCAUCAGGAGUAGGCCUUUUGGAGCCCGUUGAACGUGAUGAGAGGGGAACCGUUUUUGCAGCUGCUGAAAAUAUAUCUUGUGAAUCCUUUGAAGUCAGUAUUCCCAUUACAGUCUACGGUGGGACUGUGCAAGAGCCCAGUCGAGAGGACUUGCAGGGGAUACCUAUAUAA